AUGCAACGUUUGGAAGAAGCAAUAGGAGCUGUUGAUGCCGCAACUUCUAAAAUCGAGCAAGGAGUGGGACAAGACUAUGCGGCGGAAUUCGCUAAAUUAACUCAACCCGCAGAAAAAGAUCAGGAAAAUUUUGGAGAAUACUCUGCUAAAGCAGAACUAUCACUAACAUCGGCGCUUGAUUAUUCCUUACUUUUAAAAGCCAGAGCGCGCACUUUUAAGUCGUACGGCAACAUGUCUCCUUUAAUGUCGGGCACCAGCACAUCGCACGCACAAUCGCAAGAGUGCGCGACGGCAACAACGACUCAACCAAAACGAAUUGAACUUCCCACUCUGCCUAUACCAAUCUUUCGGGGGAACAUAUGGGAGUGGGACAACUUUUGGGAACUUUUCAACACAAAUGUACACUCUCAGGACUUGCCAGAACUUUUCAAAUUCAACUAUUUGCUAAAUGCCUUGAAAGGAGAAGCCCUAGAGUCAGUGAAAAAGUUCCAGAUCAAUAAAGAAAACUACAGCAAAGCUCUUGAGUUCCUUCAUCACAAGUAUGGCAAUGCAGAAGAGCUUGUUAAUCGUCUCAUUAAUAAACUUGAAAAUUGUUCUCUUCGCUCUCCCUCUCUGCGAGAUAAAAGAACUCUCUUUGAACAAUUACAAGUCAUUGUAACUCAGCUUAGGCAAAAGGGCGAGUAUGUAGAUAGCCGGUUAUUACUCAAGCAAGUACUAUCCAAGUUCCCUGACUCGAUUCAGCGCAAAGUGCUCCUGAAAAAACAAUCGCUUUCAUUUGACACUCUCUUUUGCAUGGAAAUUUUCCUCAACAUACUAGAAGAGAUUAUAGCAAGUGAAGAAAUGGUUUCCUUAUAUCUGAACAAAACUCCUAAGGUGUUUUGUCUGUUUCAGCAGGAGGUUCGCUCUGAUAGAAAAUCUUUUGAACCGUCCAGUCCUCCUCUUAGAUCUUGUAUGUAUUGCGGAGACAACCACAAACCUUGGAAUUGUCUCAAGUACAAAACACACAAAGAACGUUCUCAAUAUUUAUGA